AUUCGAUCGAGAGCAGCGGCCAUGAAAAUGGAUCAGAGGAUGAUCAUCGUGUCGUCGAUCAUGGGUUCUCUAGGGGUGCUGAGCGCCAUCCUGGGGUUCUCAGCCGAGGGCACGAAGCUCACUGUUUGGACCGUGUACAGGUAUCGAGGGGUGUGCCUGUACCCGCAGAACCCGGCGCUGGGGCUCGGGGUCUGCGCGGCCAUCUUCCUCAUCGUAGGCCAGAUCAUCUUCGCGGUCGUCGGCGGCUGCUGCGGCUGCUGCAAGUCCCGCGCCAUCCCCUCCGAGACCAACCGGGUCAUCGGCGUCGUCUGCGCCGUCUUUUCAUGGAUCGCGGCGGUGGUCGCCUUCGGGCUGCUGGUGGAAGGCGCCAAGUGGAACGACACCGGGACGCGGUACUCGUCAGGGUACGGUGGGUGCUACGUCCUUAAGGACGGCAUCUUCGCCGGCGGCGCCGUGCUCACGCUCGUCGCCACUGCCCUCGGCCUCACCUCCUACAUCAUGCUCAGCACGCAGCCGGCCGCUACUGCCACCGCCACCGCCGCCGCGACGCCCCCGUUGGGCGGCGCCGGGAUCGCGAUGGGACAGCCGCAGUUUCCACAGCCUUCUCCCGCGCCGAACGCGAAGCUCCCUCCUGUCCCUUCUCCGGCACAACAGUUGCCCCCUCUUCCUGCACACGCGCCGGGCCCGCAGAUGCCCGCUGCUUCUCCUCCUUCAGCUCAGGGCCAUGGACCGCAGACGCCGAACGAGCAGGCGCUGCCUGAGCUGCCUCCCAAAGGACAUGAAAUGCUCGCACGCCCCGUCUGA